AUGAUAUUUUCGGGAUAUGAAAUAUUUAAUCUAGUAGCUACUCUUGGUAUACAAUAUUUAGAUAAAUUUGAACAUGCUAUAGAUUACCAAACAACAUGUCGAGUCCUAGAAAUAAUCUGGAUUGCAGUUGAAAUUGUUUUAUAUCAGUAUGUGAAAGAUAAAGGGAACUCGAUGCAUGAUAUCUUAAAAGGAAAUAAUAAUUUAAUAAAACCAUCUUUGUACCUCUUUUUUUCAGUAACUGUAUAUUCAAUGUAUAUCAUACAUGAAGAACACUAUCUUGUCUUUGAUGAAACACUUAAAACAUAUAGUGUAAAAUUUAUUAAACAAAAAAUUUUUGAAAAUUUUACAGAUCAGAAAACUAUAAUACAAAAAAUUAAAGCAGCACAAUGUGAAAGAAAUUAUCCGUCAAUGCUUUUUGCAGAAUAUACUGAUGAUGUGGUGGUAAAUCAAAAUGCACAUUCAAUCCAAUCCAGCAUGCUAAGAAUUAAUGAGGAAGGUUUUAAAAAAAUUCUUGCCUGCUAUGAGUCAGAAAAAUCAUGUCUUGAAGCAAUACUUAGGCAAGACAUGUGUAAAACAGAGUGA